AUGGUUAUCAUUUCAGUGAUUAAUAUUUCUCGAUGGAGAUUAAUCAUUAUCAGUAUCAUACUAGUUUUUGUGAUUACCAUUAGCAAAGCAGAAGAAUCAGUCGCGCAGCGAUGUCGACGUUUAUUUGCGUGUGCUAUUACAAAAGAGUGCAUUAAGCUACCGUUUAUUGCUGAUCGGUUCAAUGGUCCGUUGAUCACAGCUCAACAUUACAACGAUUUGGAUACAGGCAUUGAUUACGGAUGUAUUUUUACGGCAGGUUGCUUAGAUGAAUGUAACAAAUGUCCAUUAUGCGAAAUGAGUAAGCAACAACUUAUUGAUGUCUUAAAUGGUGUUAAACGAACACCGCAAGGAGAGUGUUCAGUUUUGGUCAAUUGCGCUGCAGAUUGUUUGAAACGAUCGAAUUCAAAUUUCACAGUAAUUAAUUAUUGUUUCCGUCAUGAAUGUGCAUAUCACUGCUUUGAUGGUACUUGCCCAAUCUGCAGCACUUUUAUUACACGAUUAUUUAAUCAAGCGUGCGUAAGUGGUAAUUUACGUCGAAAAAUGAAUUUCCAGGGUCAAUGCUAUGAAAUGUUCCGUGCGAUGGUUUAUGCAAAAUUCAAGCAGCAAUUCAGACAAGCUAAACGCGCACCAGCGAUUGGAAUCAAGCAUAACUUUGUAUGGCCCAACUAA